UUAAAUGGUGGCAGACAUGUACAAGGAAUACUUCGGGGCUUUGAUCCCUUUAUGAAUCUUGUGAUUGAUGAGUGUGUGGAGAUGGCAACUAGUGGGCAGCAGAAUAACAUAGGAAUGGUGGUCAUACGAGGAAACAGCAUCAUCAUGUUAGAAGCCUUGGAAAGAGUCUAAAGGAUGUCUGGUGAAUAGAAGCAUCUGCAUCCCUCCUUAAAGGACCUGUUUGAUUGUGAUGUAGAAUUGGGUCAUGUACAUUUUCAUACGAAA